UUUGUACGUUAUUUUGAGCUGCAAAUUAUCCACAGUGCGAGUUUUAAAUGUGUGAUAAUGACUCUUUAUACUAGAUUGUUAGACUAGCUUAUAGCAUAUUCUAAGAUAAUUUUGGUUUAAAUAAUUGAAUAAUCAUAUAAAAGUGCAAUCAUGUCUAAGUUACAGCAAAUUACAGUUUUCCAAAAAGCUUCUUCAGCUUGUGCUUAUGGUUUCUCCUCAUUAAUGAUAACUGUUGUAAAUAAGACAGUAUUAACAUCAUUUAAUUUUCCAUCAUUUCAAGUUCUGGGAAUAGGGCAGAUGUUAGCAACCAUUGUAGUCCUAUUCAUUGCUAGAGCAUUUAAAAUAAUUGAUUUUCCUGGUCUGGAAAAAUCAACUUUUAAAAAAAUUUGGCCUUUACCAUUAAUUUACAUUUGCAAUAUGAUAUUUGGUUUAGGUGGGACAAAGCAAUUAAGUCUUCCAAUGUUUACUGUGUUACGUAGAUUUAGUAUUUUAAUGACAAUGAUUGCUGAGUUUUACAUACUUGGAGUUAGGGCAAAACCUUCUGUACAGUUCAGUGUUUAUACAAUGAUACUAGGAGCAUUAUUAGCUGCUUCUAAUGACUUAGCAUUUAAUUUCAAAGGGUAUAUGUUUAUAUUGAUGAAUGACAUUUUUACUGCAGCCAAUGGAGUGUACAUGAAAAAAAAGUUAGAUUCUAAGGAACUAGGAAAAUAUGGAUUAAUGUAUUAUAAUUCCUUAUUUAUGGUAGUGCCAACUAUAGUUCUAUCUUGGUACACUGGUGAUAUUGAGAAAGCAUCAUCAUUUCCUCACUGGUCUGAUCCAAUCUUCCUCAUUCAAUUUGUGAUGUCAUGUUUUCUAGGCUUUGUUCUUUCUUAUAGUGUUAUAAUUUGUACAUAUUAUAAUUCAGCUCUAACAACAACUAUAAUUGGUUGUUUGAAAAAUAUUUCUGUCACAUACUUGGGAAUGAUAAUCGGUGGUGAUUAUAUAUUCUCUUGGACAAAUUUUAUAGGUCUAAAUGUUAGCGUAAUUGGAAGUUUAAUCUAUACUUAUGUUACUUUCCGUAGAAAAGAACCUGCAGAAACAAAAUACACACUCCUUACAGAGGAACAGUCUAAUAAACCACAAGUUAUUUGACAUUAUUCUGAUAACUAUGUGUAAAUAAUUUCUGAAUAUUAGUAAGGGUGAACUAAUUACAAAAUAUUAUUGUACAGCAUUUAUAGAAAACUUGUUAAAUCGCACAAAUUAUUGUAUAAACAAAGUUAUUCAAUUGCUAUCUCUAUUAGCUCAAAUAUCUUAUAUUCAAUACAUUUUUCAUAAAAAUAGUCUAUACUUGAUAAAGUUAUUUGAAACAAAAUAUUAUCAUAUUAUUUUUGUGUGAAUGUUGCCUCUAAUUUAUGAUGAAUAUAUCAUGAAUACAAUGAUCAUAUUUUGUAAUGUGCCAUUCAAAAUUCUUUAAAAGCUUUUUAUUCACUAUAUCUCAUGUUAUACUUUGAGUAUCUUUACUCUUUUACAAUAAAAUUUGUUAUUUUUUCCUUGUUAAAUACCAAAGUGGAGUUACUGUUACCAGGACAACGAAUGUGUGCCAUAGUAUACAGUGGCUUAAUUUGUAAUUUAUGCCAAAUAAAUUUUAUGAUAAUAGAAAACUUAUGUAAGCAAUUGUAUUAUUUUAAAAUCUUUGUUUUAAACAUUAUAAUAUUGUCAAAUUUUUAUAAUCAUAUGUGUUCCUACUGUUUGAAAUGUACCAAUUGACUUAUAUAAU